UGUGCACCGUUUCGUGAGUGGGUUAGGGCCACAUUUGGUUAAAGAAUGCUUGACGGCCUCACUCCAAGACGGGAUGACUAUUACCCGUAUCCAGGCCCACGCCCAAAAUUUGGAAGAACAAUAUCAGCCACGGAGGGAGGAGCGCUAUCCAGACAGGGGUUCCCGAAAGAGAGGCCGGUUUUCCAGGACUAGAAGUGAGUACAGAGGGGGACAGACACAGGGGCAAUUCGGGUACUCAGACCAACCGGCGGCCAGUGCACCUCCUCGAUUUGCUGAUAGGGGGUUUGACCGUUCUACUCACUCGAGACCGGAUCAAGGUACCCGAGCCUCAGAAUCUCAGUUUAGGGCUGAUGCUGGCAGGAUAAUGUCACCCCCGCCACGAUGUGCUCGAUGCGGCAGGCCACACUCGGGAGAGUGCCGCGCAGGUACGGGUGCUUGCUAUACUUGUGGGCGGGUUGGCCAUUUGAUGCGUGAUUGCCCAUUGAGAGAUGACGGAGACCGAGCCCAGCCUACCGGGUCCGCAGUUGGUUCAUCGUCGACCGUACGCCCUCAGGGACAGGCCUCCCAGGCUCCAGCAGGUCGUGGCCGAGGCAGAGGAGGGAUACCCAGCGCAGCCGGUCCUCCACACCGUAUAUAUGCACUGACAGGACGACAGGACCCUGAGCCUCCCGCUGAUGCGGCCACAGGUCAGCAGGCUGGUGGACGUGAUCUAUAGGAGCUUAUCAGCAGUACUCUACAGUGCUCCAGUUGUUCCGGAGCUUUACUUCAGCGGUACUAUUUUGUAUAUGUAUAUUCGGGCACGAUAGUACUCGGCCCUUUCUAUGUGUAAUUACACUAUGUCUAGAGGCUCGUAGACAGAUAUGUACAGUUAGGCAGGUUCAGUAGAUAUACGAUGUUUGGGCAUUAUGAUGUUGUUGUAUAAAGUAUUAACGACGUUUACAAGUCUAUGUUUCAAAAAAAAAAAAAAAUAUGGCACUGUUUAUACGAGAUAGAUAAGGGGUGCUCGGUACAAGUAUCGGGUACUCGUCACGGCCCCUAGUUGGGUCGUGACAUGAAGUGUCCCAUGAGUCAACCACAAUGUGCUUCCCUAACAAACAAUUCACGCAAAGAGCAAUUAGGGAUACACAAUUUAUUUUCCUUAAAAAGAAAUCCAUCUUGAAGAUUAAACCUGU